AUCGAAUGAUCGACUAUCUAUGACUGACGUUAAGGACCUGUCAGUGACAGAAAUUGAAACCGAGAUAUUAGGAAACAUCCUGCGGAGGUCCUUCAUUUAGAGUCCUGACAGUUUUGUAGUUUCUCCACAAAUUUAAUAUUAGUCUCCGCCUCCAUAUCGCGCCUGCGUAGUCUGUUAUCAAUAUCAGACAAUCAGCACGUUUGCCUCUCGGCUCCCACGUCACUAUAAACGAGUGCAUAUUGGCCACGCGAAUACCACAGAAGAUGGAGAGAUGAGUUGUACGAGCAAUCCGUCGACAAUUCUAUUUUACAAUCGAAACAGAGAGCGGUUUCGCAGAAAGUUGUCAACGGAUCCUGCGCAUUACAUGUACCAUAUAAGAAGUAAUUUUGGUGCAGCUAAUGUCGGAAUGGAGUAGUAGAUUUUCCAUCUAGCGGGGCUAGCGAACCGCUACAACAACUCCGGUGCCCAGAAACUGCUGUCGUGAGAGUUGUCCCUCACCUCCUGCGGGAUAGGCGUUCAAGAAUUUGUCCGCGGUAUGGCAUGCCUGUCGUAAGAGGCGACUAAAAUCCAAUAAUAUUUCGGAACGACCCAGAUUUUUAUCCGUCCAAGAGGUGUCACUCCCGCAUCAUUCCACUAAAAAGUACUUUGGGUAACAUUUUUGCGGUUUUUUGAGAGUUUUCCCUCUCUCUGCCAAAUAACCUCGAUGAGUCAAGACUAGUCUCGCCUGGGGUAAGCACGCCCCUACAACAAAACAACCGAUUCUGGACGUCCAGCACUAAAAAUUCGGAACGCUGUAACCGUUGGUGGCACCAGAACAAGGGAAAGAUCUCCAAUUCGGUUGCGGAAGGAUAAAAUGGAGAAUAAUUUAGUUUCACAUUGUGUCUCCAAUUGGCGCCUAAUUUCAAAAUAUUCGUUUACCGGGACGUAUGAGGAACCUCACUGGCAUAUAAAGGAGUUUCAUAAAUAGAUCGUCGUGAAUUGAAGAUACGAAAUACCAAGUUUUUCUACAUACGCACAUAUAUUAUAUUUUGAGCACAUAGUAUAUAUGUAUGCGUGUAUGUAAAUGUGUAUUUCCACAAAGCGAACGCAGUCAAACUCAAGUUACAUGACGCACUUAAACACUCGUGUGCUAAUCGUUAUAUGUAAAUGUGAACCUCAAAGGUAUAGCCGAGUGUGUUUAAUAUUUGCUGCUACUUCAUGGCGCAUAUAGCACCAAUACUUUUCCCGCGCUUACUAACAAACAAAAAAGGGCUUAAAUGAAAUACGAAAACUUGUAUAAAAGAGUCCUGCAACAAGCAAAAGGAUGUCAUUUCAUUUUCUACGCUGCUCUGGACAAUAGCCAACCACGCAGUAACGUGCUAGCAAGCGGGUGAAAAGGUCACUGAAAUGAAUGAAUAUUUUGAUUUUUUUGUACUUGCCGUCAUCCUAACAAUUACAACACCGUCUUUGAGUCAACUAUUGGAGGCACAACCGAUCGACAGCAGUCCCACUACGGCACCGCUCGGCUGUCACCAGCGGCUCUACACAUACCGCAUCACACAAGCUGACGAGCAGGGCCGUGAAUGUUGGGAUUAUGUAAGCGUGCGCUCCUGUUGGGGACGUUGUGACUCGAGUGAAAUUUCCGAUUGGAAAUUUCCAUACAAGCGCUCGUUUCAUCCCGUUUGUGUGCACGCUACGCGGCAGCCAGCUGUAGCGGUGCUGAGAAAUUGCCAUCCGGAAGCCAGUGAGGAAAUCCGUCGUUAUGAGUAUAUGGAGGCUGGCAGUUGCCAUUGCCAUACUUGUUCUACUUUGGACACCAGCUGUGAAGCACCAGUCAACAACAUUGUGGAUGAGAAAUCGAGUGUGAAGGUGUUGGCCUUAACCGGUUCCGACUCGGAUGCCUUGGAUUAUUGAUGUUAAUAGAAACUUUAUUAUGUUAACAGUUAUUAUCCAAAAUCGAAAGAGGGCAGUGGGCAGUGUGCUGAAGUUACAAAAUAAUAAACCAUUGUGCGAUAGUAGUAUUAAUCCAACUAGUUCUAUUUUGAAAUUGUGUUAAGUGUUGAUUCUAACUGGUCCAAUACGCAUCUUCUCAAAUCUGUGACUUUAACAGGUUCGACUAAAAUCUUAAAUAUAAAUUCACUAAACAAAUGAGCGCAACGAUGCCGGACUUGAAUUAAAUAAAAGAUAACGGCAGUUUAACGACACUUGAAACCUAGACUAUUAUAAAACGAUGCCGGACAUGAAAUAAAUAUUAGAUAACGGUAUGUUAAACGACCUUGAAACCUAGAGUAUUUUGAAAAAAUAAAAAAAAAACAUCAUGGAAUUAAAACUUCAAAGUUCUACAAAUAUUUUUACUAAAAUAA